AUGAGGGGGACUAUGGAAAAAAUCCAAAAAAACACUCAUGGAUCUGGUUGUUUUGAACACUGCAUGCCUCCGGAAGAAAACACGUCCAGCACGCCGACCUCUGCUGCAGUCAGUCGCCUCCUGAGAUGUGGGGCCGUUGCUCUUAUUGUGGGUGCAGUGUUGAUGUUGUGUGCAUCCAUGGCUGCUCUGUACCUGUGGAAAGUCAGUGAUAAAAAUGUUUAUAACGUUCGUUACAGUAUGAACAUCAACGGCGAGGUGAGGGAGGGAUCCGUGGAAAUCGAUUCUGACAACAACCUGGAGCGAUUUAAAACUGGGAUUGGAGCUGAGGAAGCUGUGGAGAUUCAUGACUUUCAAAUUGGAAUAACCGGAAUCCGCUUCUUUGGAGGAGACAAGUGCUAUAUAAAAUCCCAAAUCAAAGCCAGUCUUCCUCACAUGGGAGCCGACAACAAAGAAGCGUUGAUGUUUGACCUGACAGAUGAAAUCAUGCCAGUGAGGUUUGAUGCGGAGUUCCUUAUAUGGGUUGCUGCUGAGCAGCCGCUGAAGGACACCAGCUUUCUGAGCAACAAAAUUCUGGCUCUUUGUGGGGAACUUCCCAUCUACUGGCUCCAACCCAUGUAUCCUAAAGAUGGGGAGAGGAGAAAGAGAGACACACAGCGAGCCAAGCGGCAGUUUAACAUGGAGGAGUCGGAGGCAGCUGCUGAGGAGAGGGACCCUGUGAGUCACGCAGACGAUGACAUCUCCAGAGUGGUGGAGGAGGAAGUAGAAGAGGAGGGGGCGCAGUCUUCCGCAGGGUCGGGGUACAAUCCCGAAAACCCUUAUCAUCGCAGCAGAGGCAGCAGCAGCAGCAGCAGUGGAGGGGCCAGGGAGGAAGGUGCUGCUGUGACCUUUGACACCAUGCUAGACCACCAGGGGAUCUGCUGCUCAGAAUGCCAACGCAGCUACACCCACUGUCAGAGAGUCUGCGAGCCCUUGCGUGGCUACUGGCCCUGGCCGUAUAACUACAGAGGGUGCCAGGUGGCCUGCCGAGUCAUUAUGCCCUGUCGCUGGUGGGUGGCACGCAUAUUGGGUAUUGUGUGAAAAAACAUGCAACACUCCUGAGAAAACACUUCUUUUGUUUUUAAAGACCCUCAAGGUCUCUAAACUUUCAGCGUCUGUCCAGAUAUUUAUUUUGUGACUGUAAAUACAGUCAGAAAGCUAUGCCUGUUAGCAUGAAAUGCACAUCAGGAAGUAAAUCCUCCAGAUUAUAACACUCAAUACAAGUUUUAUUUGCAUAUAAACAGCUGCUUUCUCUUUUUUCCCCAUAUUUAUAUAUGGAAUAUAAAAAUGCCCUAGUUCUGUUUACAGCAACAGACCCUACAAAGGGGUACAUUCAUCUCUGUAUCCUGUAAUACUGUGGCUUAAUGCGCUGUCUACGUUUAAUGGAAGGUAUGGGACUGGAU